UGACUCCGUGAUUAGUCCGGCUUUGAGUAAGCGGCUCCUGAUUGUUGCGGGCGCACUCUGGCUGAGCUACUAGCGUGAGCGGGCUACUGGGCAGUUUGAUAGUGCAUCUGUGGAGUGCCUCUAGUAGUAUUGUCUGGCUGUGUUCUUUACGGACUGAACAGCCACACGAGCAACAUGGAAGUUGAAGAUCCUGUGGCAUUUUUGCGAGUUUCCGACAAACUCGCCAGGUUGGAAGAGAGUAAAUCGUUCGAGAGCAAGAAAUGGAUCUGGAUUCAAGACAAGAAAGAAUGCUUCAAGGCCGCAGAAGUGAAAAGCUCUAAAGGAGACAUUUACGUUGUGGAAACGAACGACGGCCAGGAACUGGAAGUCAACAAGAAUGACACCGAGCAAAUGAACCCGCCGAAAUUCGAAAAGGCAGAGGAUAUGGCCAACUUGACAUACUUGAAUGAAGCAAGCGUUUUGCACAAUCUCAAACAGCGCUACUUUGCAGGGCUCAUAUACACAUACUCAGGUCUUUUCUGUGUAGCCAUCAAUCCUUACCGAAGACUCCCCAUUUACACAGAGAAGAUUGUCUUUGCAUAUAGGGGGAAACGCCGUCCUGAGAUGCCUCCUCACAUCUUCUCUAUUUGUGAUAAUGCCUAUCAUGAUAUGUUACAAGAUCGUGAAAAUCAGUCUAUGUUGAUUACCGGUGAGUCUGGUGCUGGAAAGACUGAGAACACCAAGAAAGUUAUCCAGUACCUGGCCCAUGUGUCUGGACAAACAAAACCUGGAGAUCAAAAAUCGGAUAAAGGUACUCUUGAAGACCAGGUUGUUGAAGCAAAUCCAAUUCUUGAGGCUUAUGGUAAUGCCAAGACCAUCAGAAACAACAACUCCUCUAGAUUUGGAAAAUUCAUUCGUUGCCACUUUGGACCCCAAGGAAAACUUGCAGGAGCUGAUAUUGAGUCUUACUUGCUUGAGAAGUCUCGUGUAGUACACCAACUGGAAGGCGAAAGAAACUAUCACAUCUUCUAUCAGUUGCUGUAUGGUGCUUCAAAGGAAAUGCAUGAGAAACUUCUCAUCGAGUCAAAGAAAUCAGUGGAUUAUGAGUUCCUCAAGAAAGGUUCUGAAAGAGCUGAUGGAAUCAAUGAUGUUGAAGAGUUUGGUAUUACUGAGCAAGCUGCCAAGACACUGGGUUUUGCAGAAAAUGAGAAGAUGGGCAUGUACAAAGUAUGUGCUGCAUGUCUGCACUGGGGUAAUGCCAAGUUCAAACAAAGGCCCAGAGAAGAGCAAGCAGAGGUGGCUGAUCCAAAAGAUUUGGACAAAGUGUCAUUCCUGAUGGCAAUUUCACAAACAGACUUUGGAAAGUCCCUUGUGAAACCAAGAAUCAAAGUUGGCCGUGAGUUUGUGAACCAGGGGCGAAACCUUCAACAGGUUCAAUACUCCAUCGGCGCCCUCAGCAAGGCCAUCUAUGAGAGGAUGUUUCUGUGGCUUGUUGAAAGAAUAAACAAAACACUAGAAACCAAGGACAGACGUGCCUUCUUCAUUGGUGUGCUUGACAUUGCUGGCUUUGAGAUCUUUAAGUUCAACACAUUUGAGCAGCUGUGCAUUAAUUUGACAAAUGAGAAACUUCAGCAGUUCUUUAAUCACCACAUGUUUAUCCUUGAGCAAGAAGAAUACAAACGUGAAGGCAUUGAGUGGGACUUCAUUAACUUUGGUCUGGACUUGCUUCCAACCAUUGAACUUAUUGAGAAGCCCAUGGGAGUGUUUGCCAUUCUAGAGGAAGAAUGCAUUGUGCCUAAGGCCACAGACAUGACCUUCUUACAGAAAAUGCACAACAACCAUGACGGGAAACAUCCAAAGUAUUCCAAGCCCAAAAUCUCUGGCAAAAGUGCUUCCAACCAUCACUUUGAGAUUGCUCACUAUGCUGGCACAGUAGGCUACAAUGUAGAGGGUUGGUUGGAUAAGAACAAGGAUCCCAUCAAUGAAGCUGUUGCAGGACUGUUUGCAAAGUCCACAGACCCAUUUAUUGCCCAUCUCUUCAAGGAUUAUGCCAGUGAAUCUCAUGCAAGAGGCAAGGGAGGCAGUUUUAUGACUGUCAGUAACAAACACAAGGAACAACUGGGUCGUCUGAUGGAUACUCUGUACAGCACAUGCCCUCAUUUUGUGCGCUGCAUUGUCCCUAAUGAGCACAAGAAGGCUGGAGUGAUUGAGUCUCAACUAGUGUUACAUCAGCUGAGAUGUAAUGGUGUGCUUGAAGGUAUUCGUAUCUGCCGAAAGGGAUUCCCCAACAGAGUACCAUUCAAUGAAUUCCGACAGAGGUAUCAGAUCCUGGCACCAACAGCAGUGGCUGGGGGAUUCAUGGAUGGCAAGAAGGCUUGUGAGAAGCUUCUGGAUGCCAUGCAACUAGAGAAAGCAUCGUACAGGGUUGGAACAAGCAAGGUAUUCUUCCGGGCUGGUAUCUUGGGAGAACUGGAAGACAUGAGAGAUGAGAGGCUGGCCAAAAUCAUCUCGAUGUUCCAAGCCUACUGCAAAGGCUAUCUCAUGCGUAAAGAGUAUCGCAAGAUGUGUGACCAGAGAAUUGGAAUUGCUGUCAUCCAGCGCAACGUCAGGAAGUAUCUGUUCCUGAGAAACUGGUCUUGGUGGAGACUUUACACAAAGGUCAAACCUCUUCUGAACAUUGCCCGUGCUGACGAAGAAAUGAGGGAGAAAGCAGAAGAGCUCAAGAAGCUGCAAGAACGAUUUGCAAAGGAAGAAGAGCUGAGGAAAGAACUGGAGGAGAAACUGACUAAACUGAUGGAGGAGAAGAACGAACUCUUCCAAAAUCUGCAAAGUGAGCAAGAUGCUUGUGCAGAUGCAGAGGACAGGGCGGCUCAACUGACCAAAGAAAAAGAAAAGCUUGAGGACCAAGUCAAGGACCUUUCUGAACAACUGGACGAUGAAGAAGAAUCCGGUGCUGAGAUGGCGGAGGCAAAAAAGAAAAUGGAAGCCGAAAUCAACGAUCUCAAACAAGACGUAGAAGACUUAGAAACUGCUCUUAAAAAGGCCGAACAGGACAUUGCGAGCAGAGAGAAAAACGCCGAACAGCUCCAAGACGAACUCGCCGCUCAAGAUGAAUCGAUUACUAAAUUAUCAAAAGAGAAGAAGGCACUCGAGGAAGCGAAGCAGGAACUCGAGGAUCAACUGCAGGAAGAGGAAGACAAAGUCAGCCACCUCAAUAAAGUCAAAUCUAAACUUGAACAACAAAUAGACGAGACAGUCGAACAAUGGGAAAGAGAGAAAAAAGCUCGUGCAGAUGUCGAGAAAGUUAAAAGGAAACUGGAAGGUGACUUAAAGAUGACACAAGACAGCCUGGAGGAUGUCAAGGGUGAGAAAGCGCGCCUUGAAGAGGACUUGCGAAGGAAAGAACAAGAACUCAACGAAAGUAAUGGCAAUAACGAAAACCUCCUGGCGCAAAUCGAGUCAUUAAAGAAGAAAAUAAGAGAGUUGGAGGCCCGCAUCGAAGAGUUGGAAGAAGAAUUGGAACAAGAGAAAAAUGCGCGAUCCAAGGCGGAACGCGCGCGAAUGGAACUCGAGAGGGAACUGGACGAUUUAAACGAAAGACUUGAGGAACAAGGUGGUGCCACCCAGGCACAGAUCGAGCUUAACAAAAAGCGCGAGAGUGACAUCACCAGACUCAGACGAGAACUCGAGGAACAGGCCUCGCAACAUGAACAGUCCGUCAACAGCAUGCGGACCAAACAAAACCAGGCCUUGCAAGAACUGCAGGACGAAUUAGAUUCCUUGAAGAAAUCCAAAUCCAAGUAUGUACUUAAAGAAAUAUGCAGGUUUAUACACAGUAAGGUAUAUUGGACAUUAUUCAUUCCUCCACGGCUGGAGGUUGAAUUGAAUUUCCGUCUUGUCAUCCAACAGGCGGAACGCGCGCGAAUGGAACUCGAGAGGGAACUGGACGAUUUAAACGAAAGACUUGAGGAACAAGGUGGUGCCACCCAGGCACAGAUCGAGCUUAACAAAAAGCGCGAGAGUGACAUCACCAGACUCAGACGAGAACUCGAGGAACAGGCCUCGCAACAUGAACAGUCCGUCAACAGCAUGCGGACCAAACAAAACCAGGCCUUGCAAGAACUGCAGGACGAAUUAGAUUCCUUGAAGAAAUCCAAAUCCAAGAUCGAAAAGGAAAAGAAUGCUUUGCAAGCUGAAGGGGACGAUCUUUCUGUCAGCUUGGAAACGCUGCAAAAACAGAAGGCUCAGUCGGAAAAACAAAACAGAGCACUGGAGGAGCAGCUCAAUGAUCAUAAGUAUCAGGUGGAGGAAUUGAAGAAGGCUAUCGCCGAAUUGGAGAUCGCUCGCAGUCGUUUGACCCAAGAGGGCGGAGAUCUUGGAAAGCAGGUCGAAGAAUAUGAAUCUAAAAUGACCAUACUUUUGAAAGGAAAGAAAGCCCUGGAGCAGAAAGUGGAGGAACUGAAGGGACAAAACGAGGAGGAAAUCAGACUUAAAGUGGACGCUCAGAAUAAGUUGAAGAACGCCGAAGCCGACUUGGAGAGCAUGCAGGAGACGAUCGAGGAGCUAGAAGACGGCAAGGCCGACUUGCAGAAACAGCUCAUGAAGGCUAAUACCGAGAUCGCCCAGCUUAAGGCUAAGUUCGAACAGGAGGUGUCUGGUCGAGUGGAGGAACUUGAAGACGCUAAACGCAAGCUGACACAGAAACUACAAGAGACCGAAGAAGCGCUUUCUAGCGCCAGUCAAAAGGCCAGCAAUGCUGAGAAGGCCAAGAACAGACUUAACUCCGAGUUGGAAGAUGCCCUCAUCGACUUGGAGAAGGCUACGACAAACGCUGCCAAUCUGGAAAAGAAACAGAAGAAGUUCGACCAGCAGAUAAACGAGUGGAAGUUACGGUGCGAUGAAUUACAAGCUGAAGUGGACAAUGCACAGAAAGAAGCGCGUAACUACUCCACUGAGAUGUUCAAGCUGAAAGGAUUGAAUGAUGAAAUGAACGAACAAAUGGAACUCUUGAGAAGAGAAAAGAAGAGCUUGGAAGGUUUGUGUUUCUCUUGUUUUUCUUUAAAUGUUAAAAUUUCUUCUUUGCAGUUGCGCGCAAAGAAGAACCUAGAUGCGGCCAACAAUGAACUUGAGAUCAAUCUAGACAACGCCCUAAAGGCUAACGCAGAAUUCCAGAAGAAUUUGAAGAAGUUACAACAGCAAGUGAAGGAUCUGCAAAUGAUGGUUGAAGAGGAACAACGUGGUCGGGAUGAUGCCCGUGAAGCCGCCGCCAAAGCUGAACGCCGUGUCGGUGAGAUCAACUCGGAGCUGGAUGAACUUCGAAGUCAGCUGGAACAGGCUGAGCGACUUCGCAAGAUAGCCGAGCAGGAGAAACAAGAGGCAGUGGACAACAUGGCCCAAGCCACAACCCAGGUCAACACCCUCACCCAAGCCAAGCGUAAACUGGAACAGACAAUCAGCAGCUUGCAAGAGGAGGCUGAAGAUCUGGAGAAUGAAGCUAAGAAUGCUGAUGACAGGGCCAAGAAAGCUGCUAUAGAGUUGGCCCGCGUGCAACAAGAACUGGCACAGACUCAAGACCGCCUGGCUAAUUCUGAAAGAGGCCGCAUGUCGGCCGAGCGCCAAGUCAAGGAUCUGGAGGUCAAACUUGAGGAACUUGAGGCCCAGGGCGGUAAAGCGCUCAAGAAUCAAAUCAAGAAAUUAGAACAGAGGAUUCGAGAAUUGGAAGUUGACCUGGACAGUGAGACUAGACGCGCUGCAGAGCAGCAGAAGCUCAGCAAGAAGCAGGAGAGGCGUCUGAAAGAUGUGGUUCAACAGCAGGAAGAAGACCAGAAGAACAUGCAGCACUUCAAGGACCAGGUCGACCGCCUUAACAAGAAAAUCAAGUCCACCAAAACCAACCAGGAAGAAGCGGAGAACCUUGCUGCUCAGUACCUCGCCAAAGUGCGUAAGCUGCAGAAGGACCUGGAGGAUGCCGAGGACCGUGCAGAGACCGCUGAGAGUGCGCUGAACAAGGCCCGUAGCCGCGCCCGGGCGAGCGCCGGCGGUGGAGGAGUCGGGAGGCAGACGUCAAGAGAGGUUUCCUCUAGCCGCCCUCCACAACCGAUAGGCUCGAGCACACCCUUGAGAAGGUCUUCCUUCAGCCGAGGGCUUUCUGCUUCUGGCCGUAGUCACUCAUCAACGUCAAUGGAUGACAGCAUGGACUCCUGAAUUAAUAAUCUGAAAUUUUAUGAUUACGAACGCAGUUUGAGGUUCAAAAUGAUUAAGGACAGGUUAUAGUCCACUAGGUUUCGAUUAAUCGUGUCAAAUGCUAGUUUUUUUAAUGCCUUAUGUCUUAGGAAAAUAGAUUUUGGAGGAGGAUGGUUUGACCUCGCAAAUAUUUUCUACAAAAUUUGGAAUAUGUAACAUUCCAUAGAAAAAUAUCGGUUAGUUUGUAACGCUAUUUGUGACUCGAGGAUCUCUUUCCGAGAACUCGUGGUAGUUUUUCUAUUUUGUCUACCCAAAAAAAUAUUGCAGCUCAUUAAACACCUGCUUAUUCAA